AUGAGUGGACAUCCAUUUGCGUUUUCCUCAGCACCUCUUCGACGUGUUGAUGCAAUUCAGUUUGGCAUUUUAUCUCCUGAAGAGAUUAAAGCAAUGUCUGUUGCAAGAAUAGAAUACCCUGAGCUCUAUGAUGAAGGAACUCAAAAGCCCAAAACGGGUGCUCUAUUAGAUGCAAGAAUGGGUACUAUUGAUCGAAACUACAAAUGUCAAACUUGUGGUGAAGGCAUGGCUGAAUGUCCAGGUCAUUUUGGUCAUAUUGAGUUAGCCAAGCCUGUUUACCAUAUUGGCUUCUUAACGAAAGUAAAGAAGAUUCUUGAAUGUGUUUGCUUUCAUUGUUCAAAACUAAAAGUGGAUGCUUCAAACCCUCGUUUUGAAAGAGCCCGAAAGAUUUCAGAUUCUAAAGCGAGGCUUCGUGCAGUUUGGGACCUCGCCAAAUCCAAAACAACUUGUGAAGGUGGCGAUGAUGCGGACGAUGAUUUAGGCGAAAAAGUAGAACUCGGAGGGAAACGUAAAAGCACCCAUGGCGGUUGUGGUUAUAAGCAGCCUCUUAUUCGUAAAGAUGGGUUGAAACUUUAUGCGCAGUUCCGUUCUACUGGUGAUGAUUCCAACAAUGAAGGAAGACAGCAAUUGACCGCAGCAAGAGUUUUACAAAUUCUCAAGAAUAUAUCAGAUGAAGAUAUCCGUGAUAUGGGUUUAUCAGAAGAGUUUGCUAGACCUGAAUGGAUGAUUAUCACCGUCUUACCAGUGCCGCCUCCUCAAGUUCGUCCUUCCAUUCAAAUGGACGGAACUAGUCGUGGUGAAGACGAUUUAACCCACAAACUUUCUGAUAUUCUUAAAGCAAACGCUAAUGUGAAGCGUUGUGAAUCAGAAGGUGCUCCAGUGCACGUUGUGCAAGAAUUUGAACAACUCUUGCAGUUCCAUAUUGCCACAUAUAUGGAUAAUGAUAUUGCUGGCCAACCUCAAGCCUUACAAAAAUCCGGUAGACCUCUUAAAUCGAUCCGUGCUCGUUUGAAGGGUAAGGAAGGUCGUCUUCGAGGUAAUCUCAUGGGUAAACGUGUAGAUUUUUCUGCACGUACCGUUAUUACAGGUGAUCCAAAUCUUGCUGUUGAUCAAGUUGGCGUUCCUAGGAGUAUUGCUAGAAAUCUGACUUACCCAGAAAUUGUUACACCUUACAACAUCGAUAAGUUGCAACAGUUAGUAAGAAACGGUCCUUUAGAGCACCCUGGUGCAAAAUAUGUCAUUCGCGAUAACGGUGAACGUGUCGAUUUGCGCUAUCGUAAACGUGCUGGAGAAAUUCCUCUGCAAUACGGUUAUCGUGUUGAAAGACAUAUUAACGACGAUGAUGUGGUUAUCUUCAAUCGUCAACCCUCUUUGCAUAAAAUGUCUAUGAUGGGUCAUCGUGUUAAAGUAAUGCCUUAUUCAACUUUCCGUCUCAAUUUGUCAGUUACGUCACCUUACAAUGCAGAUUUCGAUGGUGAUGAAAUGAACUUACACGUUCCUCAGUCCCUUGAAACAAGAGCUGAAAUCACUGAAAUUUGUAUGGUUCCCAAGCAAAUUGUAUCCCCACAAUCGAAUAAGCCCGUCAUGGGUAUUGUACAAGAUACACUCUGCGGUAUCCGUAAAUUUACACUACGUGAUUGCUUUCUAACAAAGGAUUUGGUGAUGAAUAUUGUCAUGUGGGUCCCCUCUUGGGAUGGUUAUAUUCCUCCACCCGCUAUUUUAAAACCCAAGCCUAUGUGGACUGGUAAACAAAUUGUCAGUAUGGUCAUUCCUUCAGGUAUCAAUUGUCAAACUUUCCACUCUACUCAUCCUGAUGGCGAAACUACCAUGAUUUCACCUGGUGAUACCCGUGUCAUUAUCGAGGACGGUGAGUUAAUCUGUGGUAUCGUAUGUAAGAAGACAGUUGGUACCUCGAGUGGUGGUCUUGUACAUACUAUCAUGAAUGAAUUGGGCCCUGAAGCAGCAAAGAAUUUCCUGGGUGGCACACAGCAAGUUGUGAAUUAUUGGUUGUUACAGAAUGGUUUUAGUAUUGGUAUAGGUGAUACCAUCGCUGAUAAAGCAUCUAUGGCUACUAUUACGAACAUUAUUUCCCAAGCUAAGCAACGUGUGCAAGAAAUUAUCUUAACCGCUCAACAGGAUAAGUUGGAAGUUCAACCAGGUAUGACAUUGCGUGAAUCUUUUGAAGCCAAGGUCAAUCAAACUUUGAACAAAGCUCGUGAUGAUGCUGGUAAAAUGGCUCAAAACAGUUUGAAAGAAGAUAACAACGUCAAACAAAUGGUAGUUGCUGGCUCCAAAGGUUCUUUCAUCAAUAUCUCGCAAAUGUCCGCUUGUGUCGGUCAACAAAACGUAGAAGGCAAACGUAUUCCUUACGGGUUCAAAUUCCGUACACUUCCUCACUUUUCAAAGGAUGAUCACAGCCCUGAAAGUCGUGGUUUUGUAGAAAACUCUUAUCUAAGAGGCCUUACACCUACGGAGUUCUUUUUCCAUGCUAUGGGUGGUCGUGAAGGUCUUAUUGAUACUGCCGUUAAGACUGCUGAAACUGGUUAUAUUCAACGUCGUUUGGUCAAGGCUCUCGAAGAUGUUAUGGUUAAAUAUGAUGGUACUGUACGUAAUUCACUUGGUGAUAUUAUUGAGUUCUGUUAUGGUGAGGACGGUAUGGAUGCUAUGGUUGUAGAAAAUCAGAAGUUUGUAUCUCUCAGAUGCAAUGAUGCUGAAUUUGAAAAGCGUUUCAAAGUCGACCUCAGUGCUGGUGGUUUCCGAAAGGGUACACUGAACUCCAGUGUUCUCAAUAACCUCGAGCAAAAUGAUCAAGCUCAGAGCCUGUUGGACAAGGAAUAUAACAGACUGCUUGAAGAUCGUAUUAAACUGAGAACGUCCAUAUUCAAAAAUGGUGACGACAAAUGGCCUUUGCCAGUCAAUCUCAACCGUUUGAUCACCAAUUCCCAACAAAUCUUCCACUUGGACCCUCGUAAAGAGUCUGAUAUUCAUCCUAUGCAGGUCAUUGAUGGUAUAGCCUCACUUGCUGAUCGCUUGUUGGUUGUUCGCGGUAAUGAUAAAAUAUCCAGUGAAACACAAAAGAAUGCUACACUAUUAUUCCAGAUCUUGCUGCGUUCAACCUUUUCUGUCAAGCGUGUUGUUGAAGAAUAUCAUUUGAGCUCACAAGCUUUUGAAUGGAUCAUUGGUGAAAUUGAAUCCCGUUUCUUGACUUCUAUUGUUGCUCCUGGCGAAAUGGUCGGUACUAUUGCUGCACAAUCUAUUGGUGAACCAGCUACUCAGAUGACAUUGAACACUUUCCAUUACGCUGGUGUAUCCAGUAAGAACGUUACCCUUGGUGUUCCUCGUUUGAAGGAAAUCAUUAACGUGGCCAAAAAUAUCAAAACACCUCGUCUCGAAGUUUGGCUUGAUGCCAAGAACUCCCGCGAUAUUGAAAUGGCCAAACAAGUACAGGUUUACCUUGAGCAUACUACGCUUCAUAAGGUAACUUCUGCGGCGGAAAUUUACUACGAUCCUGAUCCACGACAUACAGUCAUCGAAGAAGAUGUUGAUUUCGUUGAAACUUACUAUCAAUUAGAAGACGACAAUUCAGCUUCUGUCACCCGUGUGUCACCAUGGUUAUUGCGUCUUGAGUUGAAUCGUGGUAUGAUGAUAGAUAAACGUGUGACUAUGACGGAAGUUGUUCAAAAGAUUACAGAGGAGUUCCGUAACGAUGUCCACGUCAUGGGUAGUGAUGAAAAUGCCGAAAAAUUGAUUGUUCGUUGCAGAGUAAUGAUGGAUGAGAAUGAUAAGGAAGAGGAAGACCGCACUGAAGAGGAUACCUUCCUUCGUAAGUUAGAAGGCAGUAUGUUGAACUCUAUCAGUCUUCGUGGUAUAGCUGGUAUUAAAAAGGUUUACAUUGUUGAGCGAAAGAGCACCGUUCUUAACGAUAAGGGUGUAUUUGAAACUAUAACUGAAUGGGGUCUCGAUACUGAUGGCACCAAUCUGCAAGAAGUCAUGUGUGUGGAUGGUGUUGAUGAAACUCGCACCUACUCCAAUAAUACUGUUGAAAUUAUGGAAGUUCUUGGUAUUGAAGCUACCCGCAAGGCUCUUUUGAAAGAAUUGCGUAACGUUAUUGAAUUUGAUGGUUCUUAUGUCAACUACCGUCACUUGGCUUUGCUUUGUGAUGUUAUGACCAAUCGUGGUCAUUUAAUGGCUAUUACUCGUCAUGGUAUCAACAGAGCUGAAACGGGUGCUCUAAUGAGAUGUUCUUUCGAAGAAACUGUUGAAAUUCUUAUGGAAGCAGCUGCUGUUGGUGAGUUGGAUGAUUGUAGGGGUGUUACAGAAAAUAUUAUGCUGGGUCAAAUGGCACCAUUAGGUACUGGUGAAUUUGAUAUUAUUUUGGAUGAGGAAAUGUUACAAUCUGUGCCACAAGACCACAGACAAAACCUGCAAAUAAGCAUGGCUGGCGAUACGACAGGUUUUGCUACUCCUGGUCCUGGCUUUAUGACUCCCAGUAUGGCUACACCUUACGACACACGUUCUCCAGAUUGGGUCGAUUUCUCACAACCAUCAUCACCUGCUGAACCGAUGUUUUCACCUAUGGGCAAUUCCGGGGUGCCAACCUCAGUAGCAAGCCCAUGGCGUGGUGAUCUUAGUCCUUAUGCACAUAGUCCUGGUUAUUCUCCCACCUCUCCAGGUUACUCACCUGCAAGCCCAUCCUAUGCUUCAUCUCCUGGAUAUUCACCUACAUCACCCAGCUACUCACCUACUAGUCCCAGCUAUUCACCGACUAGUCCCAGCUAUUCACCUACUAGUCCUAGUUACUCUCCCACAAGCCCUAGCUAUAGCCCUACUAGUCCUAGCUACAGUCCCACAAGUCCCAGUUAUUCACCAACAUCUCCCAGUUACUCUCCUACUAGCCCUAGCUAUUCACCCACAAGUCCUAGCUACUCACCUACUAGCCCUAGCUACUCACCUACUAGUCCAAGUUACAGUCCAACAAGUCCUAGUUAUAGCCCUACUAGCCCUAGUUACAGCCCUACUAGUCCUAGUUAUUCACCAACAUCACCAAGUUAUUCUCCAACUAGUCCCAGCUAUUCACCUACAAGUCCUAGUUAUAGUCCAACUAGUCCCAGCUAUAGCCCUACAAGCCCUAGUUAUAGUCCAACAAGCCCUAGCUACUCUCCCACGAGCCCAAGCUACUCACCUACAAGCCCCAGUUAUUCACCCACAAGCCCUAGCUAUCCUCCAAAAUAA